AUGCCACUUCCCACUCUUCCAUUCGAUGUUGUGGUAGAAAUUCUCUCUAGGCUUCCUGUGAAGAUCCUCAUGCAACUACAAUGCGUCUGCAAAUCCUGGAAAUCUCUAAUCUCCGAUCCCAAAUUCGCCAAGAAGCACCUUCGCCACGCGAGUCAGAGCCUCGUCUUAACCGUCGGGGAACUCGAUUUCGUCGUCAUAGCUAACCCGCUCUCCUCCGUUUUCACAGAAGCGACCACCACAACCAUACAGGUUGCUGUCGUUUGUUAUCCACAUACUCUUGUUCAGGGUCCUGUUAGCAAUUGCAGAAAUCUAGUAAAAGUUCAUACUCUGGGAACCACUUCUUGGAGAAUAAUUCAGGACUUCCCUCCUAAUACUCUCAUUUUGAAUGAAUCAGGAAAAUUCCUUAGGGGAGCUAUUAAUUGGUUAGCAUAUAGACAGAGGCAUUCUUCAUGUUGGGUCAUUAUGUCUCUUGAUUUGGAGAAAGAAUUUCACAGAGAGAUACCACAACCUGAUUAUGGAGGGAUAAAUGUGCUUAGUUUAAACAUAGGGGUGUUGAGGGAUUGCUUAUGCAUAUUUUCUAAUGCUGAUACGUUUUCAGAUGUUUGGCUUAUGAAAGAGUAUGGAAAUAAAGAUUCUUGGACUAAAUUGUUCCGUCUUCCUCACACCAGAAAUCUUGGUUCUUGGCCUCUUGUUUAUGCACUUUAUGUUUCUAACGAUGAUCAAGUGCUAUUUGAUAUUGAGCGAGAAGAGUUGGUUGUUUACAAUUUUAGAGAUGGUACUUUUAAGGAUCCCGGUAUUCAAAUCAUAGACAAAUGGAUGGAAUCAGAAGUCUACCAUGAGAGUUUGAUAUCACCUUGCUUUUAA